AAAAAAAAAAAAAAGGGACCCGACUCUUUGUUAAUUCUAGUUGAAUUUCAAUGGUGUAAUGUGCCUGGGAAGGUAAUAAUAAUAAGGGUUCAAAUACAACUAAAACACGCCGGACAUUCAAAGUUGGGUUCAAUACACAGACAAAAGGUUCAAUUUUCACAAUUUCUUUCUUCUUUUUCCUUUUCGGUUAAUUUUUUUUUUAUUUUACAACACUAUGGCUGUCUUUAGUCAACUCAAGAACUUCAUCAAAAGUGGAAAAAGCACUUCUUCUUCAAGCAUAUCUCGACAGUCGACAACACAAAAAUAUGAGACAGCAGCUCGACUGGAAGACUAUGUUUUAAAGUCUAACUUGGCGAGUAGUGGUGCUUUCUCAAAAGUAUACGAAGCUGUUCAACUGUCUACAAACGAAAAAGUAGCAAUAAAAAUUGUUCGCAAAUUAGAAUUAAAUAAUCAACAGCGUAUUAAAAGAAGUACAAAUCAUGAGGACUUGGAUCACCCUUCUAUAAUCAAAUUACUCCAUUUCAUAGAGACAAAAGAGCAUUACUUCCUUAUCUUGGAACUUUGUGAAGGCGGAGAAAUUUUUCAUCAAAUUGUUCGUCUUACGUAUUUCAGUGAAGAUCUUGCUCGUCAUUGUAUUCGUCAAGUAGCUGAAGGUAUUCGAUAUUUACAUGAAGAAAAGGGUGUUGUCACAGACAUUAAACCAGAGAAUUUAUUGUUUGUACCAAUCGAAUUCAAAGAAAGAGAUACACCAUUACCUCCACCUGAAUUUGAUGAGCCCAAAGAAGAUGAAGGCCAGUUCGUAGCCGGUAUUGGUGGCGUAGUUUGGGAUCAACAAACCAUGACACCUUGUGGUACAGUGGGUUAUACUGCACCAGAAAUUGUAAAGGACCAACGUUACUCAAAAUCUGUGAUAUGGGCAAUACCAUUCUUGAGCCCCUGGUGGGAUACAAUUUCGGAUGAAGCAAAGGAUUUAAUAGAAAACUUGCUUCAUCCAUUAUUGCUAGAACCACCAAGCGAUUUACCCAUUGAUUUGACUUCAGUACCCAUGUUUACAGCAUUGGUGGAAAACGUAGGUGUACCUCCUCACCCCGAAACAGAAGCAGAAGAAUUUAAACGCAUGAUUCAAGAACGCAAUAGAGAUGAGGAAGAAUUAGAAGCAGCUGUCCCUUUCCCAUCCGGUAUGUCAGCAUCCGUGAUUAAUUCUCGUGCCAACUCACGCGCAAAUUCACGUGCACCAUCCAUCACUGGAGCUUCAGGUACAACUACUCCCCGUCGAGAUUUUCUCUGGUGUGUCCUCCAUGAAGGAAUGUUUGAUAUUUCUUAUGCUGUGCAUCGUAUGACAGAGGAAAAACAACGAGAUACCUCAAAGAACCGCAGAUCGCUAUUUAUGAGUGCUGUUAAUGGGGAUGACGAUGAUAUAACGGAGGAUGAGAUAGAUUUAGUAACGGAUGAAACUUCUUCAGUCAGACCAGUGAAGAAGACACUCCCAGUAAGCGAAAAGAAGGUCAAAUCAAAUAAGCAACACAAUCUAUUUGAACUGAAUAUGAACAAAGCUACCUUUCCUACUCAUCAAGUUGAUGACUCUCAACAAUAAAUUAGGGCUGGUUCCUUUCUGUUUGAUCAUUUAUAUUCCUGCAUUCUACCACUAUAUCAUUAUCUUGACACACAUUUCCUUUUUCUUUUUCUUUUUCUUUUUUUUUUUUUUAACACUAAUAAUACUAAUAAUAAUAAAAUCAACACUCUUUUUUUUUAUUGAA